GCCAAAAAGAAGCGCAAACCCACAUCGCUAAGCUAGUAAACAAGACCUUUUCAGCUCAGCAUUUUUUUCUCUUCCUCAUCGAAUCUAUAGCAGCUUUUCACAUAUCCUAUUUCUAUAUAUAUCAUAUAUCAUACAUAUAUCUAAGCUAUAUUUUAUACCAAAUUCAAAACAAGUAAAUCUCUCUCUCUCUCUCUCUCUCUCUCUCUCUCUCUCUGUUUUCAUCAUCUUCUCUGGGAAGUCUUUGUUAAUCCAUGGAAGAAGAAGCUCAUCAUAAGUAUUGGAUCUGGAUGAUGAAGAGGAAACAGAAUGAUGAUAAUCCAUCGAUGAACUACUCCUCCUUGAGUGGCACUAGUUCAUGGGAUGACAAAGCUUUUACACAAGAAUAUUCAUCAUCUGCAACAAGGUGUGUUGAAGGGUAUAUAUGGCCUCCAAGAUCUUAUUCUUGUAGCUUCUGUAUGAGAGAGUUUAGGUCAGCUCAAGCACUAGGUGGUCAUAUGAAUGUCCAUAGAAGAGAUAGAGCUAUGCUCAAACAAAGUCUUAUUAGCCCUCACACUGCUAGUACCACUACUACUAAUCAAGUCUCUCACUCUCAUCAAAAUCAUAACCCUCAUCAUCAUCAUUCUAAUAUCAGCUUGGAUAAUUACAAUCUUGACCCUAAUUGUUCUUUUCCUCCUUUAUUUCCAUCUAGAUUUGUUUCUUCUAAUAACAAUUCUAGGGUUUCAGCUACCAAAGAUAAACCUUUUCUCUUUCCUUUUCCUUCUUCUCCUUCUUCUUCGUCUUCGACUCCUUGUUCAAACUCCUCCUUUCUUUUAGGUAUCUUAGACUCCAAACUGGGAUCUGAAAGGAAUUUGAGGGAAGAAGAAGAUUUGAUGUGGCUAGGUCGUGAUAAUGAUGAUGAUGAUGAUGAUGAUAAUCAUGUGGAGACCGAUUUGUGUGUGGGUUUGAAUUCAGUUGUUGGAAGAAAUUAUAAAAGGACAAAGAUGGCUAUGCCGCCGCCGCCACCGCUGCCAUUUUUUAUCAAACACUGUCAUCUCCAGUCAGAGGUUAUAGAACUCAAAGUUGGGUCUUCCAUGGAAGAUUUGGAUCUUGAGCUCAGGCUAGGUGAUUCCCCAAAUGUUAAUUAAUACAUAGAUGUAGCUUGCAAAUGGGUUUAAUAUAUUAUGAUGAUUUUCAAUACCAUUUGCUUGAUAUCAGAAGCAGAA